AUGAAGUCUACGGCCGAUGAAAUCUUUGCCUCUCGCAACCAUCACUCAUACGAAAAGGCUUCUUCAUCUGAUGAAGACCACCUGUUGUGUGAAAAUGGCAGCUUCCUUGACCAGAAAACCCACCGGUCAAGACUUGAUGCACCAUCCAAGUACGGGCUUAUCCGGACCGCUGUCCUCAUUUGCUCCGUCGUUCUAAACAAAGAUGUCUAUUUUGAGAAAUGGGAAUUAUUGGCCUUGAUACUGACAACACACACCAACAAUUUAGCACCGCUCCAAGAAGCAAUCCGGUACAAGACAGUGCUAUUCACCAGCGGAUUUGGUAGCCAGAAAACCAAGUACAUGGGAAACUCGACUGCUGCGGAUGAUGCCUGGAAGGCGCUCUACCCACGCACGGUAGUACGCAUUCCCAAGUCUUCGGCAGAUCAGCUCGUUAACCAGACGAUUCCACUGAAUGGUGACGAAGACCACUUUCCAGUUCUAAUUAGCGUCUUUCACGAGAUGCACUGCCUGGAUUCAAUCCGCCACAUCUACUUUGGUCACACUAAAGGAUUCGAUCAGAAUCCGGUGAUUAAUGAGGCGAUUCUUGCACCGGAACAUAUUGACCAUUGCUUUGACUCACUCCGGCAGACGCUCAUGUGUGGUGGUGACGUUGCGCCGAUGCCAUAUAAAUGGGUAGAAGAGAGGAAAAAGGCUUUGGGGCAUUUGGAUGUGCAACACACCUGUAGAGACUAUGAAGCGCUGCUGGAGUGGGCUGGGCGGCCAGAACACGACAUCACAGGCUGGGAUGAGAAAAUUAAGCCUACCUCGAUUCCCUGA